GACACCAUCUUCACACGCAGGUAGCCGAGACUCACCUGGCUGACGCCUGCAGUGACUUUACUGACUUCUGAGACGAAGCGAAGCUAUUUUCAGGACUUUCAAGUGAAUGGACGGUAGAGUACAGCGGCAGCCAGGAUGAUCCCAGUGGGUGAAUUCAGAAACCUCGGCACAGAGCAGAACUCGAAGCUUCGGGUCCUGAAACCGUGGUGGGAUGUUUUCUCAGAAUACCUGUGCAUUGCUAUGCUCAUGCUCGGAGUCUUUGGGUGCACCUUGCAGCUCACCCAAGACAAAAUUUCGUGUCUGCCCAGCCCCUUCACCAGCCCAACACCUGAGGCCAUUGACUGCAGCUACAUCCGGACCUACAGGGAGAACGUGACGGCACAGUAUACGCUGGUUACCCCUGGGAGCCCCAUCAUCCAGGAGGUGUUCGGUCGCAAGAACAACCUGGACAUUCACCAAUACGUGUUCGUCAACCACUACUGCUAUGAGAGGUUUGUCCACUGGUUUGCCAAGUACUUCCCGUACCUGGUUGUGAUCCACACUAUGAUCUUCAUGGUGGCAAGCAGCUUCUGGUUCAAAUUCCCUGGGACAUCUUCUAAAAUUGACCUCUUUGUCACCAUUCUUGGAAAGUGCUUUGACUCUCCCUGGACCACGAGGGCCCUGAGUGAAGUUUCUGAGGAGCGAGGAGAGGAGAAGCUGGUCAGCUGGAGGAGGAACACCAUGUCAAAAGAUUCCACAGAACGACGACCAGACGAAGAGGAGGCCGGAGGGCUUCUUAUGCGCUCCUCCUCUGUCAAGUCUAAUCCAGAAAAGAAAAGUCCAGAGCCUCAGUCUUCCCCCUCUUUGUUGGAUAAGAAGGAAGGGGAGCAGGCCAAAGCUCUUUUUGAAAAGGUGAAGAAGCUCCGAACUCACGUAGAGGAGGCAGACAUCUUGUAUCACAUGUAUGUGCUACAAACAUCACUGAAAGUCUUCAAGUUCCUUUUGAUCAUUGUUUACACUGCAGUGCUGGUACCGUACAUUCAGAUAGUUGUGCGUUGUUAUGUUCCUCCUGAGCUGACUGGUUUUGACAUCUAUUGCUGCAACCACAACAAAGCCCAUCUUUUCUCCAAACUUGCCUACUGUUAUAUCUGCUUCGUGGGAGUGUAUGGUAUUCUGUGCAUCUACACGCUCUACUGGUUGUUCCAUCGGCCUCUGAAGGAGUACUCCUUCGACCAGGUCAGACUGGAGACUGGUAUUAAUGACAUACCAGAUGUGAAGAAUGACUUUGCCUUCCUCCUGCACCUUGUGGACCAAUAUGAUUCUCUUUACUCUAAAAGAUUUGCCGUCUUUCUAUCUGAAGUCAGUGAGAGUCGCCUCCAUCAGCUUAACCUCAACUAUGAGUGGACCGACAAAAAGCUGCGCACUCGUCUCACCAAGAACUCCAGUAACCGUCUGGAGCUCCACCUGUUAAUGCUGCCAGGGCUUCCUGAUACAGUCUUUGAGCUAACUGAAGUGGAGUCGCUCAAACUGGAGCAAGUUAACAAUGUCACCAUCCCACACAGUGUGGCAAAACUGGACUCUCUUCAGGAGUUGUCACUGAUCUACUCCCCUGCAAAGCUCCAGCUCCCUGCCCUGAACCACCUCAAGGAACAUCUAAAGGUUCUGCGUUUAGCUUUUGAAAGUUUAGAAGAGGUGCCUGUGUGGAUGUACAUCUUACAUGGCCUGGAGGAGCUGCAUCUGAGCGGUCCUCUAACCAAUGAGGUGUCCAAAAGUGCCACUCUGGACUCCCUGCGCGAGCUGAGAUCUUUGAGUGUCCUCACCCUUCGCUCCAACCUUACCAAGAUCCCACCCAGCGUAGGGGAUAUUGCAUUGCAGCUGCAGCGGUUGUGCAUCUACAACGAAGGUGCCAAGCUCCAAGCUUUUAGCAGCCUGAAGAAGUUAACCAACCUCAUUUCAUUGGAGUUAGUGGGCUGCGAGUUGGAGCGCAUCCCAAGUGCUGUCUUCAGCCUGAGCAACCUGCAGGAGUUGGACCUGAAGGAAAACAAACUCAGCACUGUGGAGGAGAUUCUGAGCUUACAGCACUGCCAGCGUUUGGUAACGCUCCGAUUGUGGCACAACAAAAUCGCUUACAUCCCUGAUCAUAUCAGUAAGCUGCACACUCUGGAGACCCUGGACAUGAGCUGGAACAAGCUACGAAAGCUUCCCUCUCGGCUGUUCUACUGCACCAAACUCAGACACCUCGAUGUCUCCCACAAUCAGCUCACCUCUCUCCCUUCUGAAGUGAGCAUCCUGCAGGGCCUUCAGUUCUUCUCAGCAGCUUUCAACUCUUUAGAGACAUUGCCAGAGGAGCUGUUUUCCUGUAAAAGGCUAAAAACACUGGUUCUCGGUAACAACUGCUUGUCAUAUCUUAGUUCUAGAGUGUCAAACCUGGCCCAGCUGGUUCGACUGGAUAUUAAAGGAAACCGUCUGGAGUCUCUACCACUGGAGAUUGGGGAUUGUCCCCUGCUGAGUCACAGUGGGCUGACAGUGGAAGACAACCUGCUGGAUCUGUUGCCGUUAGAUGUACGAAACAAGCUGAUUCAAAGCUGAGUUUGUAGAGCUUAGGCUUGUGAGAGAUUUGUCUUGGAGGCUGAUGGUGUUCUGGCUUGCACAGCAAAAACAGACUACUAAGGCAAAUUGGUGGAAUUUUCACAUAAAACAAAACAAAAAGUCAAACUAUAACCAAAACCAAACAAAAGAUACGUUAUCAUGAAACAUAUGUUCAACUCUGUCGAUGAAUGAACAAUCGAGUAGGACAUUUUUUAUGCAUUUUGCUCAAAAUACCUUUUUUUAAAACUAAUGUUUUACAAAGUCUGUAGGUGUAUAAAUACAUAAUAUUUUUUGUACAACUGUUUUCAUGUAGCUGGUUUUGCUGGUGUAGAUCACACAGUAAGGUAUAGCUUCCUUUUAGGGUCAAGUUACUAGUAUGUGUGGGUGAAACAAGGGCUUGGCUCUCAACAGAGUGAGUAAGCUUUGACCUUCAAAUGUUCUGGUUGAACAUUUUUCACUCAAACUUGUAUUUUGUUUGUUUUGGCCUGUAUGUUGCUGGACAGGUUUGUGCAGCAUGAAGAAGUGUUUCCCACAGUGUGGUGGCUCAUGCUGCUCCCUUUUGUGAAAAAAGCGUCUCAGUAGUUAAAUAAAAGGUGUUCAUCCAUGUGUUCACAUGUUCGGUCGAAUGGAGGGAAGAAUGAGUUCAUACAUGAAAUCAUGAAUCCAACUCAGCGUGAUAUUCAGUGUGCUUAUUUGUAGACAAUUAUUAAUCAUUUACAGCAAGAAAGAAGAUAAGACUAUUGUCUUUGAGAUGCUUCUUGGAUGAGUAACGUAUUUCUUUCAACACUUUAACAAAUUCAUGGCUUCCCUAAAAUGUACGUUGUGUCUUUGUUUUAUUUUAUUUUAUUUUUUACUAACUCUUCAGCACAAUUAAACAUUUACAGUGAAAUAUGGAGGAAACAGAGUAUCACUUCCAGACAAUUAAAGGAAUAAGACACUCAUUUCCCUACAA